UUGCAGCCAUAUGAAAGGAUGAACUUGUGUGAUGCGUUAAUGCCCAAAACCUACCCAGAUGGAGAGAUGAUUAUCAAGCAAGGUGAUGCAGCUGAUGGCAUGUAUUUUGUUGAAGAAGGAGUGGUUCGCAUAGUGAUGAUGAGCGAGUCAGACGAAGAGAAAGAACUGUUACGUUUGAUUAAAGGACAAUAUUUUGGAGAACUUGCUCUUGUAACUCAUAAACCUCGAGCAGCAUCUGCCUACGCUGUAGGAAGCGUUCGAUUAGCAUUUCUUGACGUCCAUGCUUUUGAGCGACUGCUUGGGCCGUGUAUGGAUAUCCUCAAACGGAACAUUGAUGAAUAUGAAGAAGAGCUUAUUAGAGUGUUCGGAUCUAAAAGUAACAUAAGCGAUCUCCGGUAACUUUCUUCCGUUCUACAGCAGUAUUUGAUGAACGUCCUUCUAGUAAGAACACCCCUGCCACCCGUAUCUUGCCCCCCGGAAACCUCAUCUUCACUGAAACAAACUUAUUUCAGUGGCUUAUGUAAAAAAAAAAAAGUGUUUACUCGACAUGUUGAUAACAA